GCCACUUCCGGCUUUACGCCUCCCGGAGAGGGAGCUGAAGAAGAGGAGGCGGAUCCGGUUCGAGAUCGCGGCGGGAUCCUAGCCGGGCUCUCGCAUACCGCCAUGGCCGCUGAGGAGAAGGACCCACUGGGCUACUUUGCUGCCUACGGCGGCAGUAGCAACUCCGGGUCGUCGUCGUCCUCGUCUUCAGAGGACAGCGAGCCGGAGGAGACGGGCCGAGUGACCAGGGAGCCGGCCAAGCCGGCCACGGGGGGCGGCGCGGCAGGGGGGAUGCGGCUGCCCAAGCCGGACGAGCUGUUCCGGAGCGUGUCCCGGCCGGCUUUCCUCUACAACCCGCUUAACAAGCAGAUUGACUGGGAGCGGCAUGUCCGGAAGGCGCCCGAAGAGCCCCCCAAGGAGUUCCGAGCCUGGAAGAACAACGCCGUGCCGCCCCCCGAGUCGUACGGAGUCAAAGAGAAGAAGCCACCGCCUCCUCCCGAACUGGACAUGGCCAUCAAGUGGUCCAGCAUGUACGAGGACAACGGGGACGAUGCCCCCCAGAAUGCUCAAAAAGUGAAGUUACUGCCUGAAGGAGAGGAGACUCUGGAGUCAGAUGAUGAAAAAGAUGAACCUACUUCAAAAAAACGUAAAGUGGAAACUGAACAAGGAAAAAAGAAAAAGUAAGAGAGAAUGUGUACCCUGAACAGUGGAGUGAGCAAUGUGCUGUUCGUAAUCCAGACAGUGUUGGGACAUUUAAAUUUCCAUAAAGCAUCUUCCCUUUUGGAAAGCACACAAGUUAGUCCGGCAUCAGAAACUUUUCCACUGAAGAAUUAAAGUUUCAUUAAAAACUCAUAAUUAUUGCAAAUAUUGUGACUUUGUGAUUGUGAAAAUUAUCAUUCUUGGUGGAAACACCAGGGCCCUCACAAAAUUAGUGGUUUGCUCCAAGAAUUUUAUCAUUUGUUGACCUGCCAUUGUUUUUUGGAAUCUUUUCUAACAAAGUGUAUUUUAAAAGUAAAUAUAUUGUAUGUGUACUGUGAACUGAUGAGGUGCUUUUCCAAAAUGUUUGUACAGUGUAAAUAGAUCAUGAAAAUAAAAUUACUUAUUCAAUAUUA